AUUUCAGUGUUAGGCCAUUUCGUUUUUGCCGUUUCAGUUUUCUGUAUUCAGUGUUUAUUCAACUGUGUGAAUGAUCUACUGUUCCCGUGCAAUUAUUGUGUGCACGCAUUCAUUAUUACUACUGUUGACAAUCACGACAUGACUAUUUUUAUUUUGAUACAUACUUGACGACAACUUUGAACCUCUGAACUAGUGAACUCGAUAAAAUUGAGUACUGUGCUACGGCACUACGCAACACUUGAAAAAUGGCCGCCAGUGACUCAAAGGCUCCAAUCCGAAGUGUCAAACGAGUACAAUUCGGUAUAUUGUCUGCGGACGAAUGUCGACGUAUGUCAGUUACGGAAGGUGGCAUUCGUUUUGCUGAGACUAUGGAAGGUGGACGUCCAAAGCUUGGUGGACUUAUGGAUCCUAGGCAAGGUGUUAUUGAUCGUUUUUCAAGAUGUCAGACAUGUGCAGGUAAUAUGACUGAAUGCUGUGGACAUUUUGGUCAUAUUGAGCUAGCUAAACCUGUGUUUCAUGUAGGUUUUGUAACUAAGGCCAUAAAAAUCCUGCGUUGUGUUUGUUUUUACUGUUCCAAAUUAUUAGUUAGUCCAACUCAUCCCAAAGUAAAAGAAAUUGUUAUGAAAUCAAAGGGACAGCAAAGAAAGCGUUUAGCAUUUAUAUAUGAUCUAUGUAAAGGAAAAAAUAUUUGUGAAGGCGGUGAUGAACUAGAUAUUAAUAAAGAUAAUGUCAAUGAUCCAAAUAUGCCUCCAAAAAAACAAGGACAUGGUGGUUGUGGUCGUUAUCAACCUACUAUACGGCGUGUAGGUUUGGAUUUGACUGCUGAAUGGAAACAUGUUAAUGAAGAUUCCCAGGAAAAAAAAAUACCUUUGACUGCUGAACGAGUGCAUGAAAUUUUGAAACAUAUAACUGAUGAAGAAGUUGUAAUCAUGGGGAUGGAUCCUAAAUUUGCACGUCCUGAUUGGAUGGUACUAACAGUCUUACCUGUUCCUCCUUUACCAGUUCGACCUGCUAUUGUUAUGUUUGGAUCUAUGAGAAAUCAAGAUGAUUUAACUCACAAAUUAUCAGAUAUUAUAAAAUGCAAUAAUGAAUUAAUUCGCAAUGAACAAUCUGGUGCUGCUACUCAUAUUAUAGCAGAAAAUAUAAGAAUGUUACAAUACCAUGUUGCUACUUUAAUAGAUAAUGAUAUGCCGGGUCUACCAAGGGCGAUGCAAAAAUCUGGUAAACCUCUAAAAGCAAUUAAAUCACGGUUAAAAGGUAAAGAAGGAAGAAUUCGAGGAAAUUUGAUGGGAAAACGCGUAGACUUUUCUGCUCGAACAGUUAUUACACCUGAUCCAAAUCUGAGAAUUGAUGAAGUCGGUGUACCUCGUACUAUUGCUCAAAAUAUGACAUUUCCUGAAAUUGUUACCCCAUUUAACAUAGAUCAUAUGUUGGAAUUAGUUCGCCGUGGUAAUUCUCAAUAUCCUGGCGCUAAGUAUAUUAUACGUGAUAAUGGUGAGAGAAUUGAUUUACGUUUUCAUCCUAAACCUUCAGAUUUGCAUUUGCAAUGUGGCUAUAAAGUUGAAAGACAUAUUAAAGAUGGCGAUUUAGUAGUUUUCAAUCGACAGCCUACUUUACACAAAAUGAGUAUGAUGGGUCAUAGAGUUAGAGUUCUACCUUGGUCCACAUUUAGAAUGAAUUUAAGUUGUACUUCUCCUUAUAAUGCUGAUUUUGAUGGAGAUGAAAUGAAUCUUCAUGUGCCACAAUCCAUGGAAACAAGAGCAGAAGUGGAAAAUAUUCAUAUUACUCCUAGACAAAUUAUUACUCCUCAAGCUAAUAAGCCUGUUAUGGGAAUUGUGCAAGACACUUUGACAGCCAUCAGAAAAAUGACGAAAAGAGAUGUAUUUCUUGAAAAAGAACAAAUGAUGAAUUUAUUAAUGCAUCUACCGAUUUGGGAUGGAAAAAUGCCUACCCCAUGUAUUCUCAAACCUAAACCAAUGUGGACUGGUAAACAACUUUUUUCAUUGAUUAUACCUGGUAAUGUCAACUUGAUACGUACUCAUUCUACACAUCCCGAUGAAGAAGAUAAUGGACCUUAUAAGUGGAUAUCACCCGGUGAUACAAAGGUAAUGGUUGAACAUGGUGAAUUAGUGAUGGGAAUAUUGUGUAAGAAAACUUUAGGUACUUCAGCUGGGUCAUUGCUCCAUAUUUGUAUGUUGGAAUUGGGACAUGAAGUGUGUGGACGGUUCUAUGGUAAUAUUCAAACUGUAGUUAAUAACUGGCUUUUAUAUGAAGGCCAUUCUAUUGGUAUUGGUGAUACUAUUGCUGAUCCUCAAACUUAUUUGGAAAUUCAAAAAGCUAUUAAAAAAGCUAAGGAAGACGUAAUUGAAGUUAUACAAAAAGCUCAUAAUAUGGAUCUCGAACCAACACCUGGUAAUACUCUUCGUCAAACUUUUGAAAAUCAAGUAAAUAGAAUUUUAAAUGAUGCUCGUGACAAGACUGGAGGUUCUGCUAAAAAAUCUUUGACUGAAUAUAACAAUCUUAAGGCUAUGGUUGUGUCAGGAGCUAAAGGUUCAAAUAUUAAUAUUUCUCAGGUUAUUGCUUGUGUAGGACAACAAAAUGUAGAAGGCAAACGUAUACCGUUUGGUUUUCGUAAACGAACACUACCACAUUUCAUUAAAGAUGAUUAUGGUCCAGAAUCUAGAGGGUUUGUUGAAAAUUCAUAUCUUGCUGGUUUAACACCAUCAGAAUUCUACUUUCACGCUAUGGGUGGUCGGGAAGGUCUUAUUGAUACUGCUGUAAAAACUGCUGAAACUGGUUAUAUUCAAAGACGUUUGAUAAAAGCUAUGGAGUCUGUUAUGGUUCACUAUGAUGGAACCAUUCGUAACUCUGUUGGUCAGUUGAUUCAGUUGCGAUAUGGUGAAGAUGGUCUUAGCGGUGAAGCAGUAGAGUUCCAAAGUAUUGCUACUAUAGAGCCAUCACACAAGAAAUUUGAGGACGAGUUUAAAUUCGAUGUUUCAAAUGAAAGACAUAUGAGAAAAAUGUUUACUGAAGAUGUGUUAAAAGACUUGAUGGGUAGCAAUGAUAGUGUAUCAGAAUUAGAAAAAGAAUGGGAACAAUUAAAUAAUGAUAGAGAUACUCUUAGAGAGAUUUUUCCUUCUGGAGAAAGCAAAGUAGUAUUACCAUGUAAUUUAAAACGUAUGAUUUGGAAUGUUCAAAAAAUUUUUCAUAUUAACAAACGAGGGCAAACAGACUUGAACCCAGUUAAAGUCAUAAAUGGAGUUAAAGAGUUGUUAGAUAAGUGUGUUAUUGUAGCUGGUCAAGAUGAGUUGAGCAAAAAAGCAAAUAAAAAUGCCACACUAUUGUUUCAAUGUUUGGUGCGUUCCACUCUUUGCACAAAGCUUGUGUCAGAAAGAUUUCGUUUAUCUUCUGAAGCAUUUGAGUGGUUAAUUGGAGAAAUUGAAAAUAGAUUUAAACAAGCUCAAGCACAACCUGGAGAAAUGGUUGGAGCAUUGGCUGCUCAAAGUUUGGGAGAACCAGCUACUCAAAUGACGUUGAAUACUUUCCAUUUUGCUGGAGUAUCCUCAAAGAAUGUAACUCUUGGUGUGCCUAGAUUAAAGGAAAUUAUUAACAUUAGUAAAAAACCAAAAGCACCAUCUUUAACUGUAUUUUUGACUGGAGCAGCUGCUAGAGAUGCAGAAAAAGCUAAAAAUGUACUGUGUCGUCUUGAACAUACUACAUUGAGGAAAGUUACUGCCAACACUGCUAUUUAUUAUGAUCCUGAUCCUCAGAAUACAGUUAUUAGAGAAGAUCAGGAAUUUGUAAAUGUUUAUUAUGAAAUGCCUGACUUUGAUCCAUCAAGAAUUUCACCGUGGUUGUUGCGUAUUGAAUUAGACAGAAAAAGAAUGACUGAUAAAAAAUUAACUAUGGAAGCAAUAUCAGAAAAAAUCAAUGCAGGUUUUGGUGAUGAUCUCAAUUGCAUAUUUAAUGAUGACAAUGCUGAUAAAUUAAUACUACGUAUACGCAUAAUGAACGGUGAAGAUGGAAAAAUGAAUGGAGGCGAUGAUGAAGACACUGUUGAUAAAAUGGAAGAUGAUAUGUUCCUUAGAUGUAUUGAAGCAAAUAUGUUGUCUGACAUGACCUUACAAGGCAUAGAAGCCAUAGCAAAAGUAUACAUGCAUUUGCCUCAAACAGACUCAAAAAAAAGAAUAAUAAUUACUGAUACUGGAGAAUUUAAAGCAAUUGCUGAUUGGUUGUUGGAAACUGAUGGCACUAGUUUAAUGAAGGUGUUGAGUGAAAGAGAUGUUGAUCCUGUACGAACAUUUUCCAAUGAUAUUUGUGAAAUAUUUUCGGUCUUGGGUAUUGAAGCUGUACGAAAGUCUGUAGAAAAAGAAAUGAAUACUGUAUUGCAGUUUUAUGGUUUGUAUGUAAACUAUCGUCAUUUGGCAUUGUUGUGUGAUGUAAUGACAGCCAAAGGUCAUUUGAUGGCCAUUACUCGACAUGGUAUUAAUAGACAAGAUACAGGAGCUUUGAUGAGAUGUUCAUUUGAAGAAACAGUUGAUGUGUUAUUGGAUGCUGCUGCACAUGCAGAAGUAGAUCCAAUGAGAGGAGUGUCUGAAAAUAUCAUUAUGGGUCAAUUGCCGAGAAUGGGAACAGGUUGUUUUGAUUUACUUUUGGAUUCUGAAAAAGCUAAAGACGGUAUAGAAAUACCUAUGGAUAAUGGUUACAUGGGUAUGGGUGGUGGCGGCAUGUUUAUGGCUGCUGGAACACCAUCAAUGUCUCCUGCUAUGACACCUUGGGAUCAAACUUCUACACCAGUUUAUCAAAAUAGUUGGUCAUCAAGUUUGGAAGCUGGUAUGACUCCUGGAGGACCUGGAUUUUCUCCAGCUGGAUCUAGUGAAGCUAGUGGAACAUCUCCAUUCUGGAUGACAAGUGGAGGAACUCCGGGUAGCCCUGGAUCUCCAGGAAUGGCCACCAGUCCAUAUGUCCCUAGUCCUAGUUCUAUGUCACCAAACUACAAUUAUCCAUCAAGUCCACAAUUUGGUUCUAUGUCUCCAUCUAUGACUCCUACUAAUUAUUCACCAACAAGUCCACAAUAUUCAGCCACACAACAAAACACACCAAAAUAUUCCUCUAUGUCACCUAACUACAGCUAUUCUCCCACUAGUCCAUCAUAUUCACCUACUAGUCCAUCCUAUUCUCAUACUUCAUACUCACCAACAAGUCCUUCGUACAGCCCAACAUCUCCAUCAUAUAGUCCAACAUCACCUUCAUAUAGCCCAACAUCUCCGUCAUACAGUCCUACUUCUCCAUCAUACAGCCCUACAUCUCCCUCAUACAGCCCUACCAGCCCUUCAUACAGUCCCACGUCUCCAUCGUACAGCCCUACAUCUCCAUCUUAUAGUCCGACUUCUCCAUCGUAUAGCCCUACAUCGCCAUCAUACAGCCCAACUUCACCAUCUUACAGCCCUAACUCUCCGCAAUACACAGCAUCUUCACCAUCAUAUACUCCUAGUGCUGCAUCUGGUGCCAGCAAUUAUAAAUAUUCGCCCACUUCACCUUCUCUUGCUGUUAGUCCAACUUAUUCUCCAACCAGUCCAAUGUAUUCGCCAUCAAAUGCGUCAUACUCUCCAUCUUCUGUACAACAUUCACCAAAUGCUGGAGUUACAUCAUAUAACCAGUCUUACAGUCCCAGUUCACCAGUUUACUCGCCUACUAACUUUUCUUUAACAAGUCCCAGAUAUUCUCCUACAUCACCAACAUAUUCACCCGGUGUUGGAAGUCCAAAUUAUUCUCCAUCUUCACCCAGCUAUUCUCCGACAUCUCCAAAUUAUAGCGGACCAGAAGAACAGUAAAUCAAAAUACAGUUUUUGUAAACGAAUUUCAUAUUUUUGAAUUGUUUACUUCAAACAUAUUUUUUUUUUAGCUUUAACGUGUUUUGAGUAGCUAGAUACCAAGUUAUUAUAAUGUUAAUUUCUAUAUUAAAAAUAAGA